AUCAAAGAUCCACCCAAUGCCUCCCAGUUAAAUUCAGUUUUUCUUUUUUCCCUUCACAUUUUUAAUGAAUAUUUACAUAUGAAGUGUGACAGACAUUGGCAGAGUAUCUAGUCAAUGUGUAAAUGACGGCCAAGGAAUCCUGGGAAUGAGCACCCUGGAAAAGUAUGCGUCUGCUGUUUUGGAUGGAGCUGAGAGAUGCUGCAUCUUUUGAGGAAUGUGACAGAGGUGUUUUUAAUGCACAAAACCCUCCAGGAUAAGAAGUCACUGGCUGCUCAUGAUGGUUCCUGCUGAGAACAUGACCAUCUUCUCACUUGAAGAUGCCUGUUUCAACUGCAGCUCCUCCACCCAUAUGGACGUGGACGUGGCCAAAGCGGUGGUUUUGGGGGUUGUGAUGGUGGUCUUUGUAGUUUUUGGGGUGUUCGGCAACAUUCUGGUCAUCCUGUCUGUACUGCUGCACCACCAAUGGCGCUCAGUGACUCAUUACUUCAUAGCAAACCUGGCAGCGGCAGACCUCCUUCUCAGCUCCGCCGUCCUGCCUUUCUCCGCCACCUCUGAGGCCCUGGGCAGGUGGGUGUUCGGCCGCUCCCUCUGCAAUGUAUGGGCUGCCCUGGAUGUACUCUGCUGCACCGCCUCCAUCCUCAGCCUCUGUGUGAUUUCCAUCGACCGCUUUUUGGCCGUCAGCUACCCGCUGCGCUAUCCUGCCAUAGCUACCGGCCGGCGAGGCCUGACAGCGGUGGCCGCCCUCUGGGGACUCUCAGCGGCCAUUUCUGUGGGCCCUCUGUUCGGGUGGAAGGAGCCUCACCCAGAAGACGAGACGGUGUGCCGGAUCACAGAGGAGCCAGGCUAUGCUCUGUUUUCUGCUUUGGGCUCCUUCUACAUUCCCCUGGCCAUCAUCCUGGCCAUGUACUGCCGUGUCUACACUGUGGCCAAAAGAGUAAGCAAAAGCCUGCAGGAGAGCCAAAGAGAAGGAGUGGAGAUGGAGGGGGUGAUGCUGAGGAAACACAGAGGGAAAGCUGCUCACUGUGGGAGACAGGAGGAUGAAGAGGAGGCCACCAUGCACAAACGGCCCUCUUUCCCAUUACCCAAGCUGAUGAAGUUCUCAGGAGAGGUGAAGGCAGCCAAGACUCUAGGAAUCGUUGUGGGCUGCUUUGUUCUGUGCUGGCUUCCCUUCUUCCUGGUUUUACCCAUCGGUAGGUAACACCUAAAUUCUUCUGAACCAAUCCU